AUGUGCCGGCAAGACUGGGCGGAUUUCAUCAAUUCCAGCAGCCUUUUUAUUUUUGAAGCUUUUCACAGCUUGUGUAAUUUCAUCUACAGAGAGAGUAAUAUUCGUACCCUUCUGCUCUACAGGCGAGUCUUCCUGCUGUUGCGCGGGGUUAAGGAGUUCCUCAAAGUACUCCCUCCAUCACCGAAGAAUGUCAUCAUCCUUGGUAAGAGGAUGUCCAGAUCUGUUCUUGAAGAAGGCAGGACUGCCCUUCUUUUCAUCAAGGAGCUGGCGAAUUAUCUGGCGGAAUACUUUGUUUGCUGUCUGGAAAUUCGACUACAACACCUUAGCGACGUUGCCGGUCCAGAGCCUGGUUCAGAAAUGAGGAGGCUUGGAAACCGUGGCAAGUCUUCAGGGAAAGAACAAGAGUUAGUUGAUGAGUCCAUAAAAUACCAGCUCGACAUUGUUGAACUCUCGUCAACGAAGCGCCAAGGCUCUGGAUUGCUGAACCUCAGUGGAUGGAAGCUGUUCUGCUCUGGCGUCGAUAUCACGACUCGCGCUCAGGCCGGUGUUGGUGUUCUGGUAGAACCCCACCUCGCCGAUAGAACUACUGAUUUGAAGCCUGUGAGCGUUAGAGUGGCAAUCGCCUGA